AUGGCACUGGACCAUCCCUGCCCAAAGUUCCAGGUCUUGGCCGGCCCUUCGGCGGAUGAACUCUCUCCGGUCAAUGUCAAUGCGGACAAGACCGAUCCGUUUAGGAUCCACACGGAUCGUUUCCAAGGUGCCUAUUUUAUCUCUAGAAGGUUGUCUAGCAGUGCCUUGACUGUGCGGAUCAAAGACUUCCUCGGAGCCGACGGUUGUCUUUCCAAGGAGACUGAGAACAAGUAUUUCGAAAAGUGGAAUGAGAUGACCUGCAGCAUUCAAAUACAAGGUCGAUUUCUUCAACCAACGACCGCUGAUGAUUGUAUGUGGGGUAACAGCUUUGACAGGCCAAUUCGUGAUCGACUGCCUUAUGGGACUUCUGUGGCGUUAAAGGCCAUCUCUUACAUCGAUCCCUCUUUAGAGCACGACAUUUACAGUGACAAACCCUGGGCUUGGUCACCGCUGUUGGCCACGAUGAACCAUGUCAAAACCGAACGACUGGAAUCGGAUGAUUCACCACUACCCGAUUGGGAGGGCACUCGACCAGUCGAAGACUGCAAUAGUGUUGUUGGAGAAUUAGCCACCAUAACCUCGAAACGUGAAAGACGCCGAUUCUUGUCAUCGGCUGAAAACCGGCAGUCUUGUGUGUUAGGCCCUCGAAUUAACGUCGAGUUUGUCAAUGGUUUUGUGGACUACUCCACUCUAAGGCUGCAGAUACCGAUCGUCAAAUUAUCUUUCAGGUUAGAUAAGCUCUGGGAUGGACAACCAGUCCGAUACGAAUGCAUCUCACGUUCGACGCUUCAAACAUAUUUCGUCAUUGUUGUUCAGAUUGUUGAACUGAAUGGUCAGGUUGUUGUGGCUUAA